UCGGCCAUCGCUGAUCAGACAGAUCACGUAGAAUACUACAGGUGGCUGACCUACCUGCUACUGCUGAUCCUAGACCUUGUUAUAUGCCUGGUGGCCUGUCUGGGGGUGGCAAAGCAGUCCCGGUGGCUACUCACCAUGAUCAUGGUGUUUGGGGUGAUAUCUCUGGUCCUGAGCUGGGCAUCACUAGGAGCAGGCACUGCUACUGCCGUGAGCACCAGUGACUUCUGUGUGUCUCCAGACAAGUUCAUAGCAAACAGGACCAAGGAGUUCCUCAGUGCAGAAGUGACACACUACUACCUGUAUUGCAGUCAGAGUCUACCCAACCCUUUCCAACAGUCUCUGACUAUCUUCCAGAGGUCUCUGACCACCAUGCAGAUCCAGAUACAAGGACUACUGCAGUUCUCUGUACCUGUCUUCCCUACUGCUGAGAGAGAUCUUCUGGGCAUCCAGCGCCUGCUGAACUCCACAGAGUUCAACUUGAACCAGUUAACAGCCAUGCUAGACUGCAGGGGGCUCCAUAAGAACUACCUGGAUGGUCUGAUGGGGGUGUGUUAUGACGGGGUGGAGGGUCUCCUCUACCUCUGCCUCUUCUCUCUGCUGUCGGUCAGUGCCUUCUGUGCCAUGCUGUGUGCCAUCCCCCGGGCAUGGACCCUCAUCACCAGCAGGGACAGGGCCUAUGAUGACAUCGAUGAGGAGGAUCCGUUUAACCCCCAGGCCCGUCAUAUGACCUUCAACCCCAGCAGAGCCAGCCAUGUACACAGCUUCUGUAGCUACAGCAGCAGUCUGGACGGCCAGGCCAGUCCACACCCUCCACCACAGACUGCCGCCAUCCUCCCCACCUCAGAGUACAUGAAUCAGUCCAUGCUGUUUGGAGGGAACCCUCGUUAUGAGAACGUUCCUCUGAUCGGGAGGGGAUCCCCGCCACCCUCGUAUUCUCCCAGAAUGAGAACUACCUACCUGUCUAUGACUGACGCACAGAUCAGACACUUUGGGACAGACUUCCAGCAGGUAUAGCCCCCAACUAUGGCCUACUGGUCCCCCUCAGGAAGGGUCUGUCUGGGACUACCACUGUACUGAGGAAGAGUCUGUCUGGGACUACCACUGUACUGAGGAAGGGUCUGUCUGGGACUACCACUGUACUGAGGAAGAGUCUGUCUGGGACUACCACUGUACUAAGGAAGCAGAGUUUACAGAUCACCCUGUCCAUGGAUGUCUCACACUGCUCUCCUGGCUAUCUGUUACUUAAAUGCAGGUGGUAUGGGGUCAACAAUGGCUCAGGAACACACUGACACUCUCAAAGUCCUGUACUGUACGUGUAGAAACCAGGAGACUACAUAGAACCCUGAGUGUAAAGUGCACUUGCAUCUCUCCCCAAACAAACCAACAAUUCAGUUAUGUGUUUUCUUCAAAUGUGAGUGUUCGUCUCGAGCCAGAUCAGAAGACAUGAUUGUUAUGAACCAAGUUGAACGUUUAUAUAUUUUCCUGUGAGUGACGUCACCUUUGAUGGAUUUCAGGGGACAGCAAAUAACCAGAUUGAUUUCCUUCACAAACAUAGACUGUUAAAUGGUUAUUACAUGAACUGUCUUCAGUCUUCCCCAACCUGUCAUCACUAUUACAAACUGUCAUCUAACCAGUCUAGCAUUCAGCUCCUCUUACACUUGACGACACAGCUCUUACACUUGACGACACAGCUCUUACACUUGACGACACAGCUCUUACACUUGACGACACACCUCUUACACUUGAUGACACAGCUCUUACACUUGACGACACAGCUCUUACACUUGACGACACAGCUCUUACACUUGACGACACAGCUCUUACACUUGACGACACAGCUCUUACACUUGACGACACAGCUCUUACACAUUUGACACAACCCAAAGUCUUCAUGAUGUCUUCCGUCAGAGUGAUGAGUCAAACUUGAUGAAAACGGACCACGUAUUUAUUCUCACUUAUCUUUCAGGUUAUUCAUUGAUAUCAAGGAAUGGCGAAUAUAAUGGACUUAUUUUUAAAUGUAACUGGAAAACAGAUCAUUCGUUGAAAUGUGAUGAUGUCUACACUCUUAGAGAAAGAGGUGCUGUCUAGAACCUAAAAGGGUUCUUUGGCUGUCCACAUAGGAGAGCCCUUUGAAGAACCCUUUAUGGUUCCAAGUAGAACCCUUCUGGUUCCAGGUAGAACCUUUGGGGGUUCCAUGUAGAACCCUUUCCUCAGAGGGUUCUACAUGGAAAUCAAAAGUGUUCUACCUGGAACCAAAAAGGGUUCUACCUGUAACCGAAAGUGAUUCUCCUAUGGGGACUGCCGAAGAACCCUUUUAGAACCCUGUUUUCUAAGAGUGUACUCUAUAUGUAUGUGUAAGGGGGACUGAGGAGAAAGGAUGCAUGAUGAUGUUUCUAAAGCCUUUAUUUCCUGUAACCUGUUUCUCUCUGUUCUCCUAUGCUGUGUCAUCCUGCAUGCUGUGUCCUGCUCAAUUCUAGCCUGGAUCCCUGACUGACUAUCAGUCCGUUUCAUUAUUGUGUCAGUGAACCAUCAAAAGGAAUAAAACAGCGAUAUUCAGUUUAGGUUCCAUGCCAGUUCAUUUCAGGACGACACCGAGGGCUUUACCGUAGCUUGGCAUCUACACUGAAUAUUGCUCUGGUUCACUAUUGUGUCACUUGAAUCUGUGGCUGUGUCCCAAUAAUCUCGUACUUGUUCACUUCCCUGCAUGGAAAGGAAAUGACUGUUCCUCUAACCCGAGUCUACACCAAUCCAAUGCUUUGUUGUAGGGAGUAGUGAUUGAGUUCACACUUCAGGAGGAUGGAGAGAGCAUUGGGUUGCACCGUCUGGAUUACAGCGAUAUUUCCUUUGGAUUCUAGACUAUCGGCCUACUGCCUUGUACAUUAGCAUGUUAAACAUUCCCUGGAUUAGGAUGAGAGGAAACCAUCAACAACUGAAAUGGUGUUGAUGGUGAAUUACCGGUAAGUAUUAUCACUGAUGUGAUGUUUAUUGGAUGUUUGUUUGUUUACUACGAGUUGGACACAAUCACAGUACUGCAGGGGCCCUUAACAGUCAGAUAACCCAUCAUUGUACAGUGUGAAUUCUUUGUUGUGGUCAUGCGUUUCUUCUUUGUUUGAAACCUCUCAACUACUGUUUAUUUUCUGCAUUUGUUGAAGUAUUGGACCGGGUGUAUCAAUUACAUUAAAAAAAUAAAUGUAAAAAAGCUU